CGCGGGCUCUGGACGGCGGGCGGCACGGAGCGGAGCGGGAAGCCUGCGCCCCGGGGCUGUGUCUGCCUUCCCCUCCGAUCGUCCUGCGGGGUGCCAGAAAAAGAAAGGUAGAUAAAAUGGAGCACAUGUUACUGCUAUUCAUAUUUUUCAUACCUAUAUUGGGUCUCACUAGUGGAACAGAAACUGAACAAGAUUUUACUUGGCACUUAAAGAAGAUUCCCCAGAUUGUGAGCGAAAGAACUUUCUCCCUCGAGAGCCCUAAAUUCGAAGCAAAAACCAGCUUGGAGCUGAACAGUGUAUGUGGAAUUGAAUGUCAAAGAAAAUUGCCAGUGCCAAGCUUGUCUGACUUGAAGGACCUCUUAUCCUAUGAGACUGUUUUUGAAAAUGGCACACGGACCCUGACUGAAGUGAAUGUCCUCGGACUAGUGCUUGACCCAGCUGGAAACACCACCACACGAAGGUCUUCGAGAAAGAAGAGGCAGAUCUAUGGAACGGACAGUAGAUUCAGCAUCUAUGACAAGCGGUUUAUGACCAACUUUCCGUUCAACACAGCUGUGAAGAUCUCCACUGGCUGCAGUGGUGUUCUCAUUUCCCCCAAGCAUGUGCUAACAGCUGCCCACUGUCUGCACGAUGGCAAGGAUUAUGUUAAGGGCAGCAAAAGACUGAGGGUGGGCCUGAUGAAGACAAAAUCCAGAGGCGAUGGCGGGAAACGCAAAGGUGCUAGGAGAAGCAGGAGAGAAGUUUCUGCAACCCAAGAAGAUCCCGAAGUUGCCACAGAGCUAAGGCGACAAUCCAAAGGUGGUGGGAGAAAGCAGAGGAGAUCUAGGAGGAAGCAGGGGACCUCAGACAGCAUGCCUUCCUUUCAGUGGACCAGGGUGAAGAGUACCCACAUCCCUAAAGGCUGGUUUAAGGGUGUUUCUGGGGAUGUUGCCUUGGAUUAUGAUUACGCUGUUCUUGAGCUCAAGCGCCCCCACAAAAGAAAAUACAUGGAGCUGGGAAUCAGCCCAACGAUCAAAAUGAUGCCUGGAAGCAUGAUCCACUUCUCAGGUUUUGACAAUGAUCGAUCUGGGCAUCUGGUCUAUAGAUUUUGUAGCAUUUCUGAUGAGUCCAAUGAUCUCUUUUAUCAGUACUGUGAUGCUGAGCCUGGCUCCACCGGAUCUGGCAUCUAUCUCCGCCUUAAGGAACCAAACAAAAAGAAGUGGAAACGCAAGAUUAUCGCUGUUUACUCAGGCCAUCAGUGGGUGGACGUCGAUGGUGAACAGCAGGAUUACAACGUAGCAGUAAGAAUUACUCCUCUCAAAUAUGCCCAAAUUUGCUUCUGGAUACAUGGGAGUGAGAAGAAUUGCACGCAAGGCUGAAGAGAGCUGAACCUGACUCACUAGCACCCGUAUUACCACAGAGUGAAAGUCUGCUCCAGCAGUUACUGGAAGAACAUCACUCCAUGUCAAGAUGUUUUUGAACUCAACGCUCACAAGUAAUGUUAUGGUGACUUGAGGAAUGCUGAAUUGCUGGGGGAUGGGUAGAAUUGUCAAACAAAAUAUUUCUAAUUGUAAUCAACCCUAGAUAUGCACUUAAAAUCCCAAAUUGUAUUUAUGUUUGCAAUUCUGAUAAAUUGCAAUUAUUCACAUCAGAAAAAAAAUUACUACACCUGUUUUGGGUUUUUUUUCCCCCAAAGAGAAGGAUUGAAAUAUCUCAAACUGGUGCUAUUAAACAAUAUCUAUUUUUCCAAUGGAUUUGCUUUUCUCAGGGUUCUGUUCCAAUUCUUCGAAUGCAAGCUGUACAUACAGCACAUUACGAUACAUGCAGAAUGAUCCAGAGAACUGCAUGAGACCAAGACAUUAUUUUGGCAUUUUCUUAAAGACCAUAGCUCCAUGUUGAGAAGCAGCAGUCUAGUUCAUGCUUGUUUGUUUGGAAAACUUCAUCCUCUGGUUGCUGCAGGAACAAUUCCAUGGAAAUCCCAAAUUUCUGUAGCUGAGGGUUGGACCUUAAAGAGAAGUUUCACUUCAUUGCUCAGUAAAAACAGUGACAAGAAAUUAAUGAACAUAGAAGUUUCCAUGUUUGGAAGAAGAAGAAAAAAUGUCAGGACAUAAUUUAAUGCCUUUAAAUCUCCUUUUAGAAGCUAUAGAAGUCUUAAGCACAUGCAUUUACAUUCCAAUUAGAAUUUGGAAAGCUGUAGGUUUAGUUUCUAGUCAAAUGUUUAGCUUUAACACUGGGAGAAGUCACUGACUUCUGAAGUGGCUAUUUGACAAUCAUUUAGAGCUCCAGAGGCAAUAUAUUUUUUGGGUGCUAAUCAUUUUUGCAGUUUUUAUAAAAUACUUUUAUAAGAGUUCAGCUUCAUAGAUAGGAUAGUAUGUGUUAGACUGGGAGUUAGAAAGCAGUGUUUUAGUGUUUGCAAAAUGGGUAGUUUUAAUCGUGUCAUAUUCAGACUUCACCUCAACAUGAGUUAUAAAGUUGAACUAAAAAUUUCUCCCAGCUAAGUUAUAUGACCUUCUGAAUGGUAGAAGAACUAUCCUGUACAUUAUAACAGAUAUCUUGUUAGGUAGCAACAGCAGUAGUUAGCAAAUAAUUUGGUUCAAUAUGUUUUCUGAACCAUAUAUUUAAUGAAAACACAAAGUGAGCUUGACUUUCGCACACCUUUAAACACAAAUCACCUUUUUAGAAAUUGUUUUGAUUGCUACAGAAGUCUGUAUCUUUUAUUUUAUAUCAAGACUUUGAAGUACACAAGAUUGUUAUGGUGUGACAAUCUAAUAAUAUAAAAUACUGUGUAUUUCUGAUAAUAUCUUUUGGGUUUCAAUGCUUUUAAGAUUAUUCACCUCCACAAGAUUUCAAUUUUUUGAUCAUAAGUUUAUGCUGACCAAAAUGCAUUUUCUUCCUGUGCGGAAGGAAAAAUAUAACAAGAUUUUAAAAUACUAUUUGUUUGUUGGUAUCUUUAAAAUAUGCUUGUAAUGGUUUUUGAUGAAAUAAUAUAAUUUUUAAUAAUCCACUAUUUUGUAGGUGAUUGAAAGUAUAAAGCCUGAUACUUUGAACAUUCAGGCAACUUUGUCAUAUUAUUGCCAAAGCAUAAAAAUUUAAGACCUGCUUCCAUACCAUAACUCUAACCAUAUUUUAUUAAUUGGAAGAGAUCUCACUUUAAAAGAAGCUAUUUCUUUUAAAGUAAGCCUUUAGAGGGAACAUUAACUCUUCUUUUCUUUUUUUAAAUAAUUUUGUGUGAUUGCAGAAAACUAAUAAUAAUUUUUAAAGUUUAGAAAUUAACGUCUAAGAUUUUAAGAUUAAUUAUUUUUAUUGUUGUUAUCUCUAUUAAGACAUAUGGCUUCACUGACAGUAAUUUUAAAUCACCUCAGUCCAGUAUUUAAUACUUUUGCUCUAUGCAACAGACCUACAAUAUUCUUUAAUUGGCUCUGUAAUGUUUUUAAGUGCCUUCUUCCAUAGUCACUGUGACAAAUAAGGUACCACAUUGUUAAUCCAAUAUGAGUCAACCUAGGUCCAUGGAUUUUGUUACAUUGUUGAUUUGGGUCCAAAACUGAUAAGGUAGCUUAGUAAAUUCUUUGUUUUGGUGGGUCUUAUUUGGACGUACUCCUUAGGAGCAGAAAUAUAAUUUUCUUUAUUAGUUUGGGAAUCAGGGACAAGAUAAGAAUGAAAAAUGUUGAUGUCAGCUUUCAAAUUGUCUUAUAAUAAUCAUACAUGGUAAAUACCUCAGACACAACCUGAAGUUCUCAUACCAGGCUGACAACAAAUGUUUGUCCUCAGAGGAUAAAUAUUAGAUGCUCAGUGCCUCAUUUCAUUAAAGAGGCUGGCCAGAGCAACAUAAAAAAUAAUCAGACUAUAUCUGUAUUCAAGCCUUUGUGUCUGAAUGCACAUGCACAAACGCAGGCAAAUACAUGGGCUUGUAGAGCAUGUGCUGUUUUGACUGCGUCAGUGCCGUCAGGCAAGGGGAUGCAGGCACAAGAAGACAUGGACAAAAUGUUAUUCCUGUUGUAUCUACAUACCCAGCAACAUUUCAGUCUGCUAUCUGGCCUAACAGAGAAGGAAAUGUUUUAUGGAAGCAUUGUGACUGAUUACUACAGGGAUUUCUGAAGUAGUUCAUAAAUCAAGUACUUACACAGAACCCCAGGAAGUCAAUGUCUGUGUGGAGUUCUUGGUACCAGACAAUGCAAAUGGGACAAGAAUAUCUGAGCCAUGAUCAUCUCAGAUUUCCCUAAAAAACCUGCAAUCUGUGUCUAGUUAUCAAUGAGAAAAUACAAGGAGGGGCUAUUCUUAGCAGAUCAGAUCUGCUGUUGUCUAGGAUACCAGUAUCAAAGCUUGGUUCCCAGACCAGAAGGGGACAGAGUGCUUGUGAUGUUUCCCCAAAGGAUUUUUCCCUCUUUCAAUUACCAGCCUAUACGUUGUUGUUUUCAUCAGUACUAAUGCUUUUCCAUAAGAGUUGCUUUAGUAGAUCUUUAACUCUUUUUCUGGCUUUAGUUAAAAAGAAACUCAGUCAAAUCCCUUUUCUGCUAGGGGUCUACUGGCAACUUGCAAAGUUAACCAGUAAAUUUCUCCUGGGCCAAAGAUAAACCUCAUGUACAAACUGUUAAUACGCCCAGACCAGCUUCUGGAAGGCAUUUGUGCAUGCAUUGGCUUCGGUGCUCUGAGACAUAUGAUGGAAGUCAUAUCUGCAAUGUGAAAAAUUAAGCCGAAGCUUGUGUUAUCUUAAUAAAAGGAAAAUACAAUGUCAGGUAGCAAAAUUAUUUCUGUUAUACAAGGUAUAAAGUACCCGGUGCUUUAAAAGCUGCUUAAAGAAACUCCUUGACUCAGUUUAUAAUUUACCAUCAAAAUUUUUCAGAUUUAUGAGCCUUUAUGGAGUAUGAAUCAGCACAGAUUAUGGCUUAAAUAAAAAAAUAUUUCCUCUACAUGUGGAGGAGAGGAGCAGCUGGGGAGUUCCUCCUGUUCUGCUGAUAAGGGAUGACCUGGCAGCAGACAGGAAUUAAUACAGAAAGAGCGAGCAAGAGAAGUAGGUGGUACCGAAGACUAGGAAAAUGGAGGUGGUAUGCAAAGGAUAAAAAAAGUGUGGAAAGUAGCAGAUUAAAUGGCUGUGAGGUAGCAGAGGGACCUAUUGUAAGGAAGAGUGGGCAGCUGGUAAAGGCCUAACAGCAUAAAUUAAGAUGUAAAAAUUGCAAGUUACAUGAACAAUCUCAUUUUGCUGUUAAAGAUGAGGCUGUUCUUCCCAACCAACAGCACCAAGGAAAGAGCUGUGAGAGGCUCAGGUUCUUGCAGGCACCACUAGAAGGCAGGGGGUUUGACC